GGGCAACAUAAAACAUGGAAGAACAUCAUCAUGCCCAUGAUCAUCUCCACUCUUUCUGGAGCCUAUCGCUCUUGCUUUCCUUCCUUUUCAUUUACUCGGCAUGCUCGUCCGAACCAUAUGUUCAUAUAGUCUACUUAGGGCACUGCCCACAACAAGAUCAUCAACUCACCUCGGACUUGCAUCAGCAACUCCUUCUUAACGUUUUCGAAAGUGAAGAAGAUGCCGUACGGUCCAUGAUAUAUUCCUACACGCACGGGUUCUCCGGUUUCGCGGCGAAACUCACGUUGGACCAAGCCGGCGCUAUAGCUAGAAAGGAAGGAGUAGUGUCGGUGUUCCGGAGCAAGAUUCUGGAGCUGCACACGACGAGGAGCCGGGACUUCAUGGGCCUUCCAUUACGGGAGACCCUUGAUGAUGACGAAGCCCCUCAUGGUCCAUUCUCAUCCGCCUUCAGCGAUGACGUCAUUGUGGGGGUCUUUGACUCGGGGAUAUGGCCCGAAUCCGCAAGUUUUCGAGAAGAGCCUGGAAUGGGCCCGAUCCCGCGGACUUGGAAGGGAGAGUGCAUAUCGGGCCAGAGUUUCAACCCAUCAAUCGCAUGCAACCGCAAGCUUAUCGGAGCUCGGUACUACUUAACAGUGCGGGAGCAGCAGCUCGGCCCGCUUGACAUUGCUUCCGACACCGAGUACCGCUCGCCUCGGGAUCGGCUUGGCCACGGCACUCACACGGCCUCCACCGCCGUUGGUUCCAUCGUCCACGGCGCUAACUUCUUUGAGCUUGGCUCGGGCACGGCUCGGGGCGGGGCCCCGAGGGCUCGACUCAUUGUGUACAAAGUCUGCUGGAAUAAGACGGGUGACGGCAUUGGCAAGUGCAGCGAGGCCGACAUUAUGGCGGCUUUCGAUGGUGCCACGAGGGACGGCGUCCACAUAAUAUCCGCGUCGUUUGGCACGUCGAUCGCGCAGUUGCUCCCGUUCUUCGUCCCGAGCGCGGACAUUGGGAGCUUCCACGCCAUGCGGAAGGGCGUGACAGUGGUGUUCUCGGCGGGGAACUACGACUACUCGCCAGAUCCGUCGACGGUCAAGAAUGUGGCCCCGUGGUCGAUCUCCGUCGCGGCUUCGACGAUUGACCGCUCAUUCCCGACGCGGAUGGUCUUCGACAACACGAUCACCAACUUGAUUGUCAUGGGACAAAGCUUGAUCACCACCCAAAUAGAUGCAAACUUGGCGGAUGCUCGCUCGCAUUUUUACAACGGGACUUGUUCUCGGGGAAGAUGGAACAACAUAUCGGCUUCCGGCAGAGUCAUCCUAUGCUUUUCAACGGUGGGAUUGAUAACAAGUGUCGAGGCGGUAGAUGCGGUCAAGAAGGCUGGUGGAUUGGGGUUGAUCUUCGUCGAGCCUCUAGCCGGGCAAGUCGCUUAUGUCGACGUGGUCCCAACGGUUUACGUCGAUAUUUACCAAGGCACGAAGAUCUUACACUACCUCGGUUCGUCCGAAUGGCGCCCGAUAGUGCAAAUAACGCCGACCGGAUCGGUAGUUGGGAAGGUGCCAGGCCCGGUAGUGGCAUACUUUUCAUGCAGAGGACCUAGCGCUCUAUCGCCCGAUAUUCUCAAGCCGGAUUUAAGUGCUCCAGGAGUCAACAUUCUAGCGGCAUGGCCUCCAAAUACACCACCGGCUCGGUCUUCUUCGGACACCCGCUCGGUGAAUUGGAAUUUCCAAUCGGGAACGUCCAUGUCGUGCCCUCAUGUAACAGGCACAGCUGCACUUGUCAAAUCGGCUCACCCAGAUUGGUCUCCGGCGGCCAUAAGAUCGGCGGCGAUGACAACCGCUUACACCAAGGACACCAAUUCUGAAUAUUUCCUAUCCGGCGGAUCCACGAAACCCUCUGACCCAUUUGACAUUGGCGCCGGCCACAUAAACCCGACAAAAGCCAUCGAUCCAGGGCUAGUUUAUGACACGAAAGCCGGCGACUACGUCAUCUUCCUCUGCAACCUCGGUUAUACCCAGGAAGAGAUAGCAAAGUUGGUCCUUCCGGGGACCGACAAAACUUGCCCACGUGUUCCCACCAGCAACUCCAACCUCAACUACCCCUCGAUCACUGUCUCGGAUCUCCGGACUACAAUGACAAUCCGGCGGAGUGUGCGAAACGUGGGCCGAAACAGGAACGCGGUCUAUAUUCCACGCGUCUUCGGUCCUAGUGGAGUGGAGGUAGCGAUUUGGCCCCGAUUGCUGGUUUUCUCACGCUAUAGGGAUGAGAACACGUAUUACGUGACAUUGAACCCGCGGAAGAGAUCCGAGGGGAGGUACGACUUCGGUGAAAUCACGUGGUCCGACGGAUUCCACACGGUUAGGAGUCCACCGACCGUUUGUGUGAACAAUAGCGGUUAUGGUGCUGAGUCCAUGUCCUACACAUAACAUCUAGGCUCAAGUGGGUCAUUUCUAGUUCAUCUCACAGUCCACUUUUCAAGAUUCAAUAAUCAUUAGGCUCUUGUUUUGGCCUAAUCUCGAAGCGAACCAUCACUUUACUUGUAAGAAAGACAUUGCCAUACU